AGACCCGCCUCUCCUUCACUCCAGCUGCAGCAUUUAAAUCUCCAUCAGGUCUGCAGCCGCCACAGCUCUGGAUUUUCACCAUGAGGAUGAAGGUGGCCCUGGUUUUCCUGCCGUUUCUUCUCUUCUCCUCUGUUUCCAUGAAUCAGAUGGACUCAGACAGAAAGAUCUCCGCUGUCCAUCCUGAGGAGAACGUCCACACUGCCCUGGCAAAGAUGGCUGCUGCCCUGGCUGCCCUGAAGAGCAAAGUCUCUGUUCUGGAGCAGGAGACUGAAGAGCAAGGAACAAAACUGAAGAGGAUGAGAACUUGGAGGAAGGAGAAGGACGAAAUAUCUACAUUGACAAAGAAAACUGAAGGACAGGAGUGGAAGCGGGUUCAGGUAGACGCUCAAGAGAAGAAUCUGAUUUCUCUGGCUGAAAAUCUAAAGCAGCAACUUCAAGUUUCAGCCAACAAAGUGGCUUUUUCAGCCUCUUUGUUGGCUCAGGGUUCUGGAACUACUGGACCCGUCCUUAGAGACACCACCUUGGUCUUCAAACGCGUCGUCACAAACAUCGGAGACGCCUACAACCCGCAUACAGGAGUUUUUACCGCCCCACUGAGAGGAGCUUACCACUUUCAGUGGUACAUCGGCGUCAACAACGAUGAAAACACAAUAACCUCGUUAGUGAAGAAUGACCAGCAGGUUUUCACUGCGAGGAACAACUUGGACUCAUAUGAAUAUCUGAUAUUGGGCUUCGGCAGUGCAUCUAACGGCGUCUCGCUGCUGCUGGAGGCCGGAGACGUCGUGUUUGUUCGUCUCUGGUCCGGCCAUGUCAUCUACGACGAUGAAAACCACAUCUGCACCUUCAGCGGUCAUCUGCUAUUCCCCAUGUGAGGCAGGACAACUGGCGCUAACGAGACGCUAACUAGGAGCUAACCCUUCCUAUGGGCCCUCCAGGUCUUUUUCUAACUUCACAAUAAACAUUUAAAAACUGUA